CUGUCCUGUCUCAGUCUCUUUGUGAUUCUGUUGGUAUUGCUGGGUUACUUUAUGGUGAACGUAUGUUACCACAAGAAGCAGUUAGUAGAGUGGUGUCAGCUAGUUCCUCUAUUCCUAAUCAACGUGAGGCUCUAUUAACUGGUGUCAAAGAAGCUGUUCAAACUGAUUCCAACAGUUUACAUACAUUUGCUAAUGUAUUGUGUACAAUAAAUACUAAUGUAUCACUAGGACAAGCUAUACUGGAUGAUAUUAGUAAGUAUUUUCCUACUCCUGAAGUGGCUGUGGUUCCUGAGACUAUUAAAGAUGAUCAUAAUGUAGUUUCUCUAAAUAAUGCAAGUACUGAUAAAACCAAGACACCAAAUAAUUCACAAUCUGACACAUCUUCUGAUGCAAAAGUUGCCUCUUCCCAAUCCCAAGCUUUAUCACCUCAAGUUAAAAUACAUGUUCCUGUUCCUAAAGACUUACUGACAAACUUUAACUCAAUGAGAAUGUCUUAUGGAAGGAUGUUUUACAAUGUUGGCAAGAUCAUUAAGCGAAAAUCUCCUCCUUUAGAAGAAAUAAAAGAAUUACUGUCUUGUUGUGGCACUAUUCUUAGACAAAAAGCAGAGCAAUGUACUAAUAUUCCUAAUGUCUUGCGUCUAAUUCAAAAUGAGUGUUCACUGACUGAUAUUGAACUCCUUCAUACUGUAGCGGAAGAAAUGGAGAUCACUGAAGCUACAAGAUACAUUGAGGCAUAUAGAACAGAUUUAAAGGAAUUCUGCAAUUUACUCUCCAUCAGUCUUUGUUUAAAGGAAAGAUUUGCUUCAAUUCCUCAUCUUCAAUGUGAAACAGUUACUUUUAUCUUUGAUUGGGAGCCAUGCAGAGGAGCACGUACUGAAGGAUAUUAAGGAUAUACUAUCAAAAGUAUCAGGUAAACUGCUGAAGAUUGAGUAUAUAGAAACCUCCACUUCAAUAUCUGUCACUUGCUCCUUUCCUUUCUCUGAUGUUGGGUUUACUGUAUUGAGGAUGAUAGAGAAUAUUCAUAUACUAAUGGGA